GGCGCAGCCCCCCCCCGCCCGGUGACAUUGUUCCUCCCCGGCGCGGCUAUAAAGCCUCCGCCGCCGCGCCGCAAGGUGCGCGCUGCUGCCGUGCUGGCCCGUCCCGGCGCGCCGCUCCCCACGGCCACGGCAGCCCGGUGAGCGCCGCCGUCCCGCCUGCCGGGCCAUGGACUCGGACGCCAGCCUGGUCUCCAGCCGCCCUUCCUCGCCGGAGCCCGAUGAGCUCUUCCUCCCGGGCAGGAAUAAAGGAGGCGGCGGCGGGGGCUUCACGGGCGGCACCGUGUCCAGCUCCACGCAGAGCGACUCGCCGCCGGAGCUGAGCGCCGAGCUGCGCAGCGCCAUGAGCGCGGCCGGGGUGGUGGUGGUGGACAAGCUGGGCUUCAAGUCCUCGUCGUCCUCGUCCUCGUCGUCGUCGUCGUCGUCCUCCAAGAAGGACAAGAAGCAGAUGACGGAGCCGGAGCUGCAGCAGCUGCGCCUGAAGAUCAACAGCCGGGAGCGCAAGAGGAUGCACGACCUCAACAUCGCCAUGGACGGGCUGCGGGAGGUGAUGCCCUACGCGCACGGGCCGUCGGUGCGCAAGCUCUCCAAGAUCGCCACGCUGCUGCUGGCCCGCAACUACAUCCUCAUGCUCACCAACUCCCUGGAGGAGAUGAAGCGCCUAGUCAGCGAGAUCUACGGCGGCCACCACGCCGGCUUCCACCCCGCCGCCUGCCCCGGCGGCAUGGGCGCCCACUCGGCCCCGCUGCCCGGCCACCCGGGCCACCCAGCCUCGCACCCCGUGCACCACCCCAUCCUGCCCCCCGCCGCCGUCUCCAGCGCCUCCCUGCCCGGCUCCGGCCUCUCUGCCGUCAGCUCCAUCCGACCCCCGCACGGGCUCCUCAAGUCGCCCUCGGCCGCCGCCGCCGCCGCCGCUGCCGCCGCCGCCCCCCUGGGCAGCGGCUUCCAGCACUGGGGGGGGAUGCCGUGCCCCUGCAGCAUGUGCCAGGUGUCGGCCCCCCCGCACCACCACGUCUCCGGCAUGGGGGCCGCCAGCCUGCCCAGACUGGCCACCGACACCAAAUGAGGGGGGCCGCCCCGGAGCGCCCAGGACCUACAACGGGGACGCCCCCGGGAGGACCCCGUCCCGACACCCGCGCCCCCUUUUCUUGCCGGGACUCGGGGAGCAGGGGGAAGCGGUCCCGGGCUGGCCGCACACCGAGGAAGCGAACCCGGGGGGGGUCGCCCCCCAUCGCCCCUCCGCUUGUUUGCUCGCCCCCCUCCCGUCAGCGCCCUCCGGGCCGCAUCCUGCCCGGCGCCGGCGGUCCCCGGAGCCCUAGUUGCGAGUUUGGCCGGGGAGGUGGGUCGCCCCCCCCGUGACCCCCCCCAGCCCUGCUUUUUUUCGGGUUCGUCUCUCCUUCGGGCUCUGUACAUACACCCCUCGCCGGCAGCCCGAGCUUUCCGUCCGUGCACUUGUACUGUGUAAGCCUUAUGAAUGAAUAAGGGGUUGGUCUGCGCUGGUUUCGUUGGUUUGCUUCGUUGUUUGUUUUGUUUUGUUUUGUUUUCGUUUCCCGUCUUCCCCCCCCCCUUUUUUUUUUAAUUUUUAAUUUUAUUUUUAUUGCAUAACACCUUUUUCGUUCCCGCCGCCCUUAACAAAGUUUGAACUCCUUAACGCUCUUCCCGUGUAGGAACUCUCUCUCACGCCGUCCGUGUUGCAAUACUGAGCGCUUGGGCUUCUUUCCGAAAAUAACAACUUUUCUUAUCGCUGCCCCCUCGCAGAGAUUUUAUCAUCUGUUUAUUUUUGUAAGAAAAAAAAAAAAAAGAAAAGAGAAAAAAAGUUGCUAAAUAAUAUUUAUUACUCGUUUGGUUGCA